AUGAAAAUUCCCAUUUUUGCUCCAAUUUUUCUCAAGGAUUCAAUUCUCGCCCAACUUUGUCCAGAUCAAGAUCUGGGAGAUCUCUGCGAGUCUAAUUGCAAAGAAGAUCUCCUCUCUUGCUUAGAGAACUGCUCAACAGCCGCUUGUCAAGAAGAAUGUUAUCUGACUGACGUUCUUUGCGAGACAAAAUGUCCCUGUAACAUCUACUGUCCAAACGGAUGUGAAGGUUGCGAACACCCUCUUUGCAAUCAGCCCAGUUGUUUUGAAGAAAACGAGCUUGAAUACGCCAACUGUGUUGAAUCAGUCAAGGAUAAGCUUUCAACUUGCUACGAUGACUGCACUAAUGAGCUGGAAAUUGACUGCUAUUCUGCCUGUAAUGACGAGAGUCUUGCAAACAUUGAAAAGUGUCCGUGCAUGAGCGGCUGCGACACCGGAUGUCCUUGCGAAAACUAUACCUGCUCCGGGACAAGCAGAAGACUUACACAUCUCGGUGUGUCCUGGCAGUACCCAAAUUACCCGCCGGUUUUUUAUAUGACGGAUAAUAUGGGGCUGUCAAUGGAUACGGUUGAGUACGAAUUUGUCGACAAGUAUACUAAUAGCCUGAUCUAUGCAGAUUUUGCUUUUCUACGCGGCGUUCUGUACAUUUUCGGCGGCGAUGAUUACGAGUACAGCGUUCAAAAAAUGAACGACGAUUGCACCAUCGAGAAGGUAGACAUCCGUCCAAAAUAUGGCCAUCGAAGUAUCGCGGGCAUCGAGACGUUUGAUGACAAAAUCUGGCUGUGCUUUUACGAGUACAAAAAGUGUCAGUAUUUCGAUGGAGAAACGUUCGAAAUCGCUGAUGGAAGGACUGCUGAUGAUCAUAACUAUGGAUCGCUUUGUACCGGAGCUUGGCUGAAACCAGCUGGUACUGAUCACCCAGUCGGCCAUGCGAAGGGAGAAUGCUUGACUUUGGAAGAUGGAGUCUUGACAAUGGCAGGAGAAGAAGGGAAGGAGAUCUACCUCCUACGGGAUCUCAAAUGGUCGAAUGUCGGAAGACUUCUUACUGCUGUAACUGUCCCAACAUUGGUGAGACUCGACGAUGAGCUGAUUCUUUUCGCCGGUUCCUUCACUCAAGAUGUUCAAAAAAUGAUCUGGAAUGGAGAAACAAUUGAAGAUGUCGAAAUUAUCUUCGAGCAACCAGAAGAGAAAAUCUUUACUCCAAUAGUUUUCGAGAGUUUUUCGAAUAAAUGCAAAGCUUGA